GGCACUGACCUGGUACCCAUCAUCUUGGUUGGCAUACAGUCACUAACCACUACAGACUUGAUUUUCAGGUUUAGAUGGAGUGAGCUCUACAUGGUCCCAAACGGUUGGAUUGAGUGCCAAAGCUAAGCUGAACAGUGGAAAUAGUGUUAUACUGUAUUUCAUAAAUAGCAGUUCAUCUGUGAGCAAUCCUAUAUCAAGCAAAUAAUAAUUGUGCCAUAAAGUAUAUCUAAAAACAGUGAUAAGCGAUGACCCAGUGAAUCAAGAGCCGGGACAUGAAAUGAUAACUUCCCUGCAAAACCGACAGUAAAAUUAGAAUGGAAUGGACUGCAAACAGCAAGACUCGCAUGCUUUAUUGGCUAGGACUGCUUCUGCUGAACACCCCAAACUUUACACACCAGGAACUGGCAAAUCUAAACACCGGGGAAGGCCCUGGUCUCGGAACAGGCUCGCUGCAUUUUUCAGGAAAUUCCGAGCCCGUGGUCAAUGGUGCCGUCAUGACAGAAUCAGUUUAUGAUGCAAAGGAAGGUGAGGGCAAUUUCAGCCUAGAAAAGCUUGGCCACAGCUUAUCUCGACUAGAGGGCAGCCUCGGCAGUCUAGUACAGAGUUUUUUGACUGUGCAGAGAUCGGUGGUCAAUUUGGAACAGUUACAGGAGCUUCUAGUGUUGCUGUUAGAGGACAUUCUCAAACAGGUCAGUAACAGACUCAUAUUUACAAUAGUAAAAUAGCUUUAUAAUACUUUUACAGCCUAAAUUUAUUUGCAUGAAAAUAAUAGCAGGGUUAUAGUAACCACGGCGGCCUUAUCAAACACAAACCUGUACUAAGUAGAUAAAGGCAUCAAAUCUUGUGUAAGUGCAACACAGGGCUGCAGUUUUCCUAAAGUAAAAUUUAUAACGGCAGGUUAAACUAAAACUCACAAAUUGACUUCAAAUCCUUCUGUUAUUUCAUCAUUACUAUUUUGUUUGUUUGACAUCUUACUUAAUUUUGUGUGUGUCUGGAUUUCUAGUCCAAUUCCAACUGUUCUGCUAUCACCUGACUUGUUAGUCCUAUUCCAACUGUUCUGCUUUCACCUGACUUUCUAGUCCAAUUCCAACUGUUCUGCUGUCACAUGACUUUCUAGUCCAAUUCCAACUGUUCUGCUGUCACCUGACUUUCUAGUCCAAUUCCAACUGUUCUGCUGUCACCUGACUUUCUAGUCCGAUUCCAACUGUUCUGCUGUCACCUGACUUUCUAGUCCAAUUCCAACUGUUCUGCUGUCACCUGACUUUCUAGUCCGAUUCCAACUGUUCUGCUGUCACCUGACUUUCUAGUCCGAUUCCAACUGUUCUGCUAUCACCUGACUUUCUAGUCCAAUUCCAACUGUUCUGCUAUCACCUGACUUUCUAGUCCAAUUCCAACUGUUCUGCUAUCACCUGACUUCCUAGUCCAAUUCCAGCUGUUCUGCUAUCACCUGACUUUCUAGUCCAAUUCCAACUGUUCUGCUAUGACCUGACUUUCUAGUCCAAUGCCAACUUUUCUGCUAUCACCUGACUUUUGUGGUUGAGUUUAUUUUUACUCAUAUCUACCUUGUCCUCAAGAAAAGCCACCUUGUUUUGAUUGACAGGCUAUUUCACCCCCACCUAUAAGCUAUUUGGGGAUGAUCGUAGAAAAAUUUGAUACUUGAUACCUCAUGGUUACUAGAUAGAUUCAUUACUUAAAUUCCUCACACACUUCAGUAAAAAAAGGAUUACUUUCCAGGUCUGGUUACCUGGUUGACCCAGUAGCUGUGAAAAAUAGAUCUUCCUUUUUAAUAAGAGUUUUGCAAGUUCUCCCAUAAGCAUUAGCCUAUUCUAAUUUUGAUUCAAAAUGACUGACAAAAGUGUAUUCUGAGCUCGAAAGUUCUUCUUUCAUCUUUAGUUCUAACUUACAAAAUGCAUGAUGAAAUUCUUUACAUUCUCUGUUGAAACAAUAAGCACAUUUUUUUAUAUGAGCUGGCACUAUUUUUGUCUUCGCUAAUGUCCUAUGAACAUAUGAAAUUCCAGACGGCCAACAUGUCUAAGGGAAAAGUGCACAAACAAGGGAGUGAAGUCACUUAUCAAGACAAACUUGCCAACAGCAAAUCUUCUAAUGAGUCGCAAGAUGAAGAUGAUGACAUGCGCAGUGAAGACAGGGACAGAACUGAUAAAGAGACUGAUCUACUGCCCGCAUCUAGAGUUAUGACCCCCGUCGGAGGUAUCUUUGAUCCCAUCAAUAACAUAAUUGACGGGAAACAAUCAGUUGCGACAACAUCAUGGACUGACGGCGACACCAGCGGCGGGGCAAGCAGCGGAGGAAGCAACAGCGAUGAGAACUUCUCAUCUGUCGGGGCAUUGCAUAAAUCGAGACAGGAUGAAGUCUUGAGGCGGUCGUCACAGUGGGCGGAGCCAAUGACUGCGGACGGCACCGACAUCAGCACAAGACUUCAAAACGUCAUCAGCCGAAUAAACUCUAAGUUAGCUUUUGCCCUCAAGCACCAGCCUGACCACGACAUUAAGUCUGUCCAAGCAGAGUCCCCACUUGAUUCAGCCCUGGGUCAGUUGGAACCACUUGAGAUUAAGUCCUUUGAGGAUGACCUUCUCCAGGGGGAUGGUAAGCGUGGACCUGUAACAUUCCAUGUAAAACUGAAACAAAUUCUGCCUAUGGUCGGUCAUAGCGGUCAGCUGGUGGUCAGUCAUGGUGGUCCACUGACAGGACCUGAAAAAGCAUCAUCACCAUUUUUAGAGGACUUUGAAGACACUUCUGGAAAAGAGAGCUCUGGUGAACGGCCCACAGGCAUGGUGAGUUGAAAUAAUGUAUUGAAUACUAAAAACGUGUUGUUUUUUCAUUGAAAGAGAAAAUCUGCUGACCAGUGUGCUGUUAAAUAUUGGAAUCUAGUUAGAUUAACAUUUUGCAAAACAGACAUUAAUAUAGCAUUUGAGUUUCUUCCUUUUAGAUUGUGAAGUGGGUAAAAAAUAACAAUACAUUUUGUUACUAAUACAUUUUGAUGGUGUAAAUUUUAUUUUACCAGAUCAACAACUUGCUGCUGUCUGAGGCUGAAGAAGAAAAUGUUACUGGGACACAUGAAAUUCCAUCAGGUGAAAAACAGAGUCAACAUUCUGGUGUAAGGAAAAGAAGACAAACUGAGGAGCAGAUUGCAGUUCCAACAGAAAGAGACAGCAGAGAUAAGAAUGAAUCAGUAUCUCAAGUAAACAAUGACAUCAUUCUUUCACAAUCUCAAGCGGAUAGCAGAAUGCAUGAUGCCCCAUCAGCAUAUCAGGUGAAUGCAACCACUGACAACACUCCAUCAUCAUUUCAGCUGAACCAAACCAGAGACAAGAUUCUAUCAGUAGCCAGAGUCAACGAAGCAACAGGCAAGAACCUGUCAAUAUAUAAUGACAUCGAAACCAAUGACAAUGACCUAUCAACAUCUCAGGUCAACCAAACCAAUGACAACACCCUUUCACUACCACAAGGCAACAACACCCCAUUUCCAAGAGUGAAAGCAGAAAAUGCAUCAGAGAGUGGCCCAAACACUGUGUUUGACUCUGUAAUGAAAAAUAAAACAUUUUCACCAGAAAUCAUCACCUACCUGCUCAAGAAGAAAACCUUGUUUUCAUCCACCAAAGCCCAACACUUGGAUACAGGCUCAGUCAGGACAUAUCUUACAAGCAUUCUACAAAAACACAUGGAUAUCAGACCUCAGGACCAUGCAACAGUACAGACGUAUCCAAGUACCACACCGGUGAACCACAAAAUCAGGUCAAAUCCUGGUGACAUGGUCCAGGAUGAUUCAUUCUCACCUCAGAUGAAAAACCAGCAGAGAUUAUCCAAUGAGAAUUCUUCAAACAUAGGAGGUCCUUCUUCCCCAGAGACAAAAUUAAACAAAAAACUACGCCCAGAAAAAAUAUUGUCUCAAACAAUUCAACCAAGUCAGCUGCAUUCUUUAACAGAUCCCACAAGAAGGGCUGGAGUCCUGGACACCAAAGUAAUAAUUAUGCCUCCAUCUAGGAAGAUCAGCCAAGCAGCAUUCAAUGACAAUGUGCAGCAGGGCAGCGAAGGUGUGCAAGAGCCAAGCAAAGACAGAAAUCUUGUGAUAGAAUCUAAGCAUGAUGUGAAAAACACUUUAAGAGCUUGGGUCACAACUACCGCAGGGGGCCUGGGUAAACCAGAUGACAGUGUAAAGCUGUCCACUGAAGAGACACGAAAACCAUCUCAGGUGAACAUUUUGACCGGGGAAUCGUCAGACUUUCGUCAACAGGUUUGGGGUUUGGAGAAUAGCAAAAGAGGGAGAGUCAUGUCCCCUGAAACGAGUGAGACAAUGGGAAAAAACAAUCUUUCCUAUAAUGAUGACUAUCUGGAAGAAGUUGAUGAAAAUGAACGAAACAAACAUUUUCUACUUAACAGUUUUCAAGCAGAGGUGCUCGGCAGUGAAUCUCACACAUCUGAUGUCCUAGACGAUGAAGACAGUAUUGCUAACAGAGAAGAUACAAACACUCUUUUUAGUGAGCAGAACAGCCGAGAGAUCAUUGAGUCCAGGACAGUUCCAGAUGAAAGCAAUACAGUUCUCAAUAAACCUUUUCAAAAUGUUCACAUGCAAGUUGAAAAUCAUUUUGCUUCCCUACUAGAUAAACAAGUGGCCAUUGGCAAACAUGAUACACACAACACAGUUCUUUCAGACCUGCCUGUGAGAGCAACUAGUUUCUCAAUCUUGAGGGAUCUUAUGAAGGCCAGGCCCAAAAGACAGAAACGUUAUACGGGUGAUGAUGCAAAACAAAACACAGGGACUGCGACACAGACAAGUUUCCCAAUGUCUGGAUUCAAUUUUCAGUCUAGGACUCCAUCAGUCGAAUACAGAAGACAUCAAGAUAGUAGCUCUGGCUCAACCCAGCACUACCAGUCCCCAUCGUCCGGUCAGACCCACCACUACCUACCCCCUGCAUCAAGUCAGACUCACCACUACCCACCCCACUCAUUUGGUCAGACUUACCAUCGCCCCUUUUUAAACCAUCAUGGCGGAGGGUUCCACCGUCCAUACCAUACUUCGCUAAACUACGCUCAUUACUUGAACAACCUUGGCAUCAACUUACCCAGCCUUCUACAGCAGAGAAACCAAGACCAUGAGGAGACCACCAUGCAGGACACCUCUAUGGACAUGGAGGACAUGUUGACCAACCUGUUUCAGCGGUACUGGCAGCGAAUCUACAAUCAUUACAUUCAGUCUACAACAACAGAAGGCCCAGACUUGGAUUGGGAUGAUGCCACCUUGCAGUCCACCAAAGCACAGCAGACAACUGCUCCAUCAGAGAACAUCACCGUGUCAGUCAUGAAUACAACUAACUCUGCUGAUGGCAGCCCAUCACUUAUUGAGCAUAUUACAGAAAAUAGUACAGCAACGGUAACAUAGAGCAAUUGCGCACUAAUUUAAGUUUCAGACUCAUUUUUUGUUAUUGGUGUCUUGGUGUCAGUGGUAACUUGGUGUCAGUGGUGUCUUGGUGUCAGUGGUGUCUUGGUGUCAGUGGUGUUUUGGUGUCAGUAGUGUCUUGGUGUCAGUGGUGGGUCUCCCCAUAAAAAAAAUGUGUGCACUUUCUUAAUUUGACCACUUUUGACAACAAAAUUACGAAUAAAUGAAACUAGUGAACCAGCUUUUUAAAAAACUGAAGCUUAAAUAAUAAAGUUGUAAUAGAAAGCACGACCGCUUUGUAAGGCAUUUGUCCCUAUCAAUUUCAACAUGAUUAGAGACUGUAAAAAGAGUGUUAGAUACAACUUCAAUGAAAACCUCAAAUGCAAAGCAAUACGCCAAGUAGUUUACAGAAAGUAAAAAAGGCUGUAUAAAUAAUGUUCUCAUAUAUGUAUGUACCAUUUCUUGCUUUAGAGUCACACUAAGAAUUUUUGUAAAUCUUCAAGUAUUUUUUUGUGUGCUGUAUUCUCCAUUUUUCACAAUGAACACAUUAUUGGGGACAUUCAUUAUAGAAUCAACUUAAUAUGUAUGCCUCAUUUCUGGGGUUAUUAAUUGUUUCAAGCACAUAUCAUUCCCUUCUAUUUAUAUUUUGGCCAAUAACAUGCUUUUAUGCAUGGACUUAAAAUUGUUUGCAACGUAUGACAGUGUUAUUUGCAACGUAUGACAGUGAAAUAAUAUUCUAACUGCAGUCCACACUGUAACUGCAGAGAGAUGGUUAGACAAUUAAAAUAAAUAAAUACAGAAUUCCCCAUCGUAGUUCACUUGAAGAGAAUGUACAAUUAUGAAUAUAUGCAUCUUCAAUACAUAUAUAUAUUAUCAUGAAGUUAUUUCCUUUUAUAAAUAGCAGUUUAUUUUAAAACAUUUUUAUGUUUAAAAACUUAAUAAAAUUAUACUUCAAAAAGUAAUAACUUUGCUUUUGACCAUGUAAAUGUUUUUUUAAUGCGAGUUUAUUAAAACCAGGUUAGUUCCAAGGGGAAUGUUUAAAUUCUAUUUCUUUCAAGAUAAUUGUUCAAUAUUUCCCGCUUUAUAAGAGUCUGCCAAAACAAACAUAAAAGAAGAAAUAAAAUUGUCAGGAUGCAAUUAAACAUAGAUAUAUGUUUAAAAAAAAAAUCCUUUCUUGUGAAAUAUUUCUAACAUCAGAAAUAAAAAUUGUAUUAUGGU